UUGUAGUAAUAAUUUUAGAGCUAGGCUACAUCAGACACUCGUGCCUCUGUUCCUCAUUUAGAAUGUUUUGUAAGUGGCUCUGUGCCUAUAUCUCUCUCCGUCAGCGUCUCUCCGCAGCGCUGGAGGAAGUUGCAGUGCACCUGUUCUUCACCGCUGCUCGGCCCGUGACUACAGUACCCACCUAACAUUGCGCAAUGUCCCUCGAUCCGCGCGCUGCGCUAGUCUGCUCGAGGAACCCGUCCGCUCGCUCGGCCUUUUUUCUGCUUUCUCACUGUUGCCUAUGGUGUCAACCUACGCCGAGAGAGACACAUCCCUCCCUCUUCCCCCCUCAGCGGCAGCUUCCAAUUUGCCUUCGCUUUUCUCUUCGCCUCUUCCAUUGGCUUGCGCGCUGCCAGUCAAGCGCUUCCUCUUUACAGGAGAGUUGAGUAGCAACAGCUCGGAAACAUCUGGCUGCCGCAGCUCUCGUCGCUCCGCUCGCCUGCUCCGUCUUUCCUGCCACCGCGGGUUGUUAUGGAAAGCUGUUGAAAGUCAAUCGAGUUGUUUUUCUCGCUGAGAGGAUUAGACGGAGGAAGCAGGAAGACGCUGGACCUGGUUGUCUGGAGUUACAGCCGGCGCUACCACAACAGUGGACUUAAUCAAGUUGAUGCGUACUGCAGGUUAUGAAGACAGCAUGGAGUUUCCAGACCACAGCAGACAUUUGCUACAGUGUCUGAGCGAGCAGAGGCAUCAGGGAUUCCUUUGUGACUCCACUGUUCUGGUCGGUGAUGCCCAGUUCCGAGCCCAUCGUGCAGUGCUGGCUUCAUGCAGCAUGUACUUCCACCUCUUUUACAAGGACCAGCUAGACAAAAGGGACAUUGUUCAUCUGAACAGCGACAUUGUCACAGCCCCGGCCUUUGCUCUCCUGCUUGAGUUCAUGUACGAAGGAAAGCUCCAGUUCAAAUCGCUUCCAGUGGAGGAUGUGCUGGCUGCUGCCAGCUACCUCCACAUGUACGACAUUGUCAAGGUGUGCAAGAAGAAGCUCAAGCGGAAGGCCACAGCUGAGGCCGACAGCACCAAGCGGGAGGAGGAUGCUUCCAGCUGCUCGGACAAGGUGGAGAGCUUCUCGGAAGGUGGAAGCACGGGCCGGCCGGCCACCGCCGACUUGCUGCAGAGCGACGACGAGGACAUGGAGAAUAAACGGGACAGCCCUCAGGAGCCAGGGAGCAUGUGGAUGCGUCUGCCUUCCGACCGGACCGCGUCUCCCACCACUAGCCCCAGGGAGGCGGAAACACACGGUCCCAACGCUGGCAAAUCUCCUGCCGGCAGCCCCAGCAGUUCCACCGGCUCUCUGUCCCAUCGCUCAGCGGUGUCUCGGAGAGUCUCUGCUGACACCGAUUGUGUGCUUGACCUCUCUGUGAAGUCUGGUCUGGGCGGAGGUCCUGGGGAGACUAUUGCUGGCAACCCUUAUUUCUGCAGCUCUGUGACCCCAGACAGCCUCCAGAGUGCCUUGGUUCAAGUCAAGGUGGAAAAGGACACAGGCUCGGACGAUGACGAACUGGUGAGCGGCGACUACGAGAUGGAGCACAGCGGUGUCAAGGAGCCACCCAGCAUCAACGGGAAUCACAUCAGCCUCGUUGCACAACGGAGGUUGGGCCUGGAGGCUCACCUCUCGGCCCUGCGUGAGGCCUCACUGGCCAGUGAGCUGGAGCGGGAUGACAAAGGAGGCGAUGACGACACAGGGGACAGCGAGCGAGCGCAUGAGGCCACGGGGGUUGAGAACUCCCUGUUGCCUUACGUCUCCAGCAUGCUGGGGGCUCCACAUACUCAGAUCUUCUUGUGCCCCUUAUGCAACAAGGUCUUCCCCAGCCCACACAUCCUGCAGAUCCACCUCAGCACGCAUUUCCGCGAACAGGAAGGUGUACGGUCCAAGCCGGCCGGCGAUGUUAAUGUCCCCACCUGCUCCAUCUGCGGCAAAACCUUCUCCUGCAUGUACACGUUAAAGCGCCACGAGCGGACACACUCGGGCGAGAAGCCCUACACAUGCACUACUUGCGGCAAGAGCUUCCAGUACUCGCACAACCUGAGCCGGCAUGCCGUCGUGCACACACGUGAGAAGCCACACGCCUGUAAGUGGUGCGAGCGGCGCUUCACACAGUCAGGGGACUUGUACCGACACAUCCGCAAGUUCCACUGCGAACUGGUCAACUCGAUCUCGGUCAAGAGCGAGGCGCUCAAUCUUCCCACGGUCAGAGACUGGGCACUGGAAGAUAGUUCACAAGAACUGUGGAAAUGAAAGCUAAACUGAUAGCAGACUGUUUGAACUGCUUGUUAAUUUAAUGAGAGAGAUCUGAGUGGCAUUUUUUGGGGCAAGAGAGGUGAAGGUAAGAGUGGGGCAGAGUGAUGGCCGAAGGGUCUGAAUCAGUCAUUUUUCUUGUAUGUACAUUGCAAAUCUUGUUGAAUUGCACUUUACUAGCACAUGAAAAUGUUACUACUGAUUUUCUUUUAAUAUAUUUUCUGGUCUCCUUUAGGGUCUCUUUUUUCCCCCCUGUUCUCCUCGAGUUUUUAAAAAUAUGGGUGCUUGUCUCAGUAACCAACUUUGACAGAAAAAUUAUUCAUUGGGAUUUUCAACUGUAUAUAAUUUACAGUUUUUGUAUACGCUCCUGAAUUUCAAGGAUUAUCUGCCAUGAAAAGCAUAUGAAGAUUUCAGGUAAUACUGUAGACAGAGGAGUUUAAAACUAAGGACACACUAAACGGGUACUAUGGUCAUAUAUUUACCUGUACACACUUUCCUCUUGUUUGAGUAUGUGUGUGUAUUUAUAUAUAUAUAUAUAUGCACUACUAUAAUUUGCAGGUAACAUAUCUGAUGUGUGACUGUAGCCGUGCAUGCAUGUGUAUUCAUGCACAUACGCAAACAUGUACACAUAGUGUGUGAGCAGGUCAGUCCUUUAAAUCCCACGAGGAAUCUCUUAAGCUCACAUUACUUAAGCUCUUGUACAUUUUUGACUCGUUAUAGGAAACUUGACUGAUGGAAGACAAACAAGGCACUCAUGCAAUGUACAGCCUCCUUUUUCAUAUCAGUUGCCGCAUUUUUUCUAUCCUUAAUAUGAUUUGAAGUCAUUUUUUGCAUUUUAGUUGCAGUCUCUCUACAUCACUCGUUUGCUACUGAGUUUGGAUUUUACAUCGGCUGCAUUUAUAGAGAUUUCUGUAGUGUUUUAUUAAGAUUUUUCAUUUUUAAAACGGAAUCUGUUGUUGCAUGAUGUCUGACCUGUAUAUUGAAAAAGAUGUGACUUGCUGUAUUGCUGUACACUGUAAUUGACUGAUUCAUUACAGUCAGGGCACCUGUCUGUUGAAAAAAAAAAAGUACCUUUAAUAUUACCGCUGUAGAAAUUGCAUGAAUUUUAUUUAACUUACUCUUUUUCGUUGUUGUUUUGCAUCAGAGAGUGUAUUUUUUAAUUAACUCAUUUGAUUCCUUGGUAGAUUUGAGUUUUUUCCUCUCAUUAGAAAAUGAAUCGGAGGGUUCUGGUGAGGUGUUUUUUUUCUGGGCUGUGAAGAUUGUGGAAAUGUACUGACGUUAGGCUGCAGUAUCUACACGCGCGACACGAUUCGGUUUGGGCUCACUGUAGGAUUCGGAGGUUAACGAGGGGCCAGGUGUCAGCAGAGGCUGAAUGGCUAAGUUUAUUGUUCAGAAGGCUACCGUGGCUCCUCUUAGCAUCUCCUUGUGUGCUGGGUCCUCAACUGCUGUUUGUCUCAGUGUUUUGUUUACUGUCUGUUGUCAUUUGAAUCAUGUCCGCUCUGUUUGUAAUUUAUUUAUUUAUCUUUUCAAUUGGCACUUGCUUCAGAUUCGAUUGCCAUGAAGACACAUUUGUGUGGCUGAUGGUACAGCUCUUCUUUAUGGGUGUCCUCAACAGCGCACAUCUAUUUGGAGAGGCUGAAGGAUCUUUAAACAGCAUAAAGCUCGACAUACUCUGAUCUGAGUGGUUUGUGUGCGCGUGUUUGUGUUCAAUGCGUAAGAAUUUUUUUGGUCACUAGAACCUGUUUGGCAAGGUUGGUUGCACCUUUGAAGUUGAAUGAAAUUAGAAUGAUGUACAAAAGAGGCCUUUAUAAAAUGUAUAUGCUUAAUUAUUAACCUAAUUGAAUUGACUUUGUUACUCUGAAAAAAAGAACUACAAAUUUGUGAUUGUUCAUUUGUUAACUUUUUGCAGCAUUUGUGAUUUUGAAAAAUGUUUAUUCUAAAAAUGUUUUAUUUUUAUUGCAAAAUUAUAUUAGGGUUUCUUUUAUUAAGAAUGUGAAAAUUCUGUUCAUUUUGUUUGUUUGUUGGUUUGUUUCACAAAAAAAAAAAAAAAUUCAUUGUCAAAUCCAGAGAAAUAAAAAGCAAAGAAAAAUGAAAAACAUAUGGCUUAGCGCUGAAGACAUAGAUCAGUCACUCACAUAGUGCUGAAAUGCUUGAACUACUUUAGUUAGAGAGGGCCAGGGGCUCCGCACAUGUUUCGAGCAGGACAGGAGUGUGCGGCACACGGGCCUACGCAGGCCUCAGGAACCUUCCUACCAUAUAUUUGGCUGGUGCAACGGCUAGUGAAAAGGUUGAGCUUUGCCAACAGCGCACGCUCCUCAUGGUGUUUUGCACGGUGGUACUUUUACCUUUUGCACUCUAAAAUGUGACCGAAAAAAAUAUCAACUGUGGGGUUGAUUUGUUUUCUAUGCUUUCUUUUUCUUUGUUUUUUUUGUUGGCUUCUAUUGUACUUGACCGCCUUAAACUACUGUUAUCAGCUUAUACUCAGAGGGUGAAAACUGGAAACUGUCGCUGGAAUACUGGAUGACUUUCUUUUACUUUUUUUUUUGUUCAAUGGAAACGAAGCUGUGAAAUGGCCUAUGAAGCAUAUCCAUAAAUUAGACACCCCUUUAGUUGACUUGAA